UAUACUGAUUCGUGGCCCGCUUCUUGAAAUUUUUGAUUUUUUAUGAUGACCGAAUCAGACUUGGAUCGGUUCUCGGUUGAAUCGAUUGGAUCGGCCGAUGCGAUCCUGUUCUAAUAACACUGCUUACAACUGAAAACAGAACUUGUUCGAAGAAGAAGCCGUUCCUCAUUCGCAACCUCUGGUAGAUUACGAAUAGACCCAACACGCGGGAAGACGAGAGAAGAGCCUCAUUCUACUUUCUAGUAGCUUUCUUGAAAUGGAAGAGUUGAGAGACAGCAUUCGAAUUCAAGAAUUUAAAGUUUGUUGAAUGCUAUUUUGUUUCUUCCAUUCUCGAUCAAACAAGUGGCAUUUUAGGAAUUGGGAGCUGAAACAGUGCUAAGAUGAAUCAGGUCAAGCUGAGUUGGUAUGGUUUAUCCAAAAUUAUCAGCUCCCGUGGGUCUGGGGUUAAAGAUUUGUCCGGAAAUGUUGUAGGGAAGUUGAAGCCUUAUGGAUUAUCGAGAAUGGGUUUACUUGGGCUCGAACAGAACGCCAUGAUUGUGACUCGACGAUUUGGGGGCAACAUUAGGAAUGAAAAUGAUAUUGAUCAUCAGUUGACUAGGGAUUUCUUGGCGAAGGUCUGGGUUGCUGAUAGGAAAGGCAAAAAUUCCCUGCGCAAGAAGAGAAGUAAAAUCAUUAAAUAUAUGAGUGAUGGUGAGCAAUUGGUUCUUAAAAAUCCUAGGUGGUUUUCGCGUUCAUCUGAUAGUAUGGAAGAGGGCAAACCUGUCUUGAAGCAACCUCCCCUCAGUCAAUCUGUCUCAGAUUUCUUGGAUCCAGAGAGUCCAGAAGAGGCCAAGGUAGCACGUCUGCUUGCUAGGUCCAACUUGCUUAUCACUAGAGAUAUUGAGUGGGCAAAUCUUGCUUUUGGCUUUGAACAGGAAAAUCGGUAUGCAAUCGUUGAUGUGUGCUAUCCCGAAUCACCUGUAGGUUUUAUUCGAGAACAGAGCAAUGUAAUUGCAAGACAGUUUCUUCGUACAAGACGGCCUUUUGUUGCCUACAUAACUGAUGCUAUGGGUAAUGAGCUCUUUCGGGUUCGUAGGCCCUUUUGGUGGAUAACAAGCUCAAUUUAUGCAGAAAUUAAUGGUAAGGAAAUUGGCGUAGUUCACAGGCGGUGGCAUCUUUGGAGGAGAAUCUAUGAUUUGUACCUUGGGAAUAAACAAUUUGCUGCGGUUGAGAAUCCUGGCUUUUGGAAUUGGACAUUCACCUUGAAAGAUAUUAAUGGCGAAGUUCUAGCCAAUAUAGAUCGUGAUUGGAGGGGUUUUGGCUUUGAGAUGUUUACAGAUGCUGGUCAGUAUGUGAUCCAGUUUGGGACUACUGAUCCCAACUCUAAGAUUGGGCCUGCGAGAGCGAUCCAGGACUUGGAAGUCGUUCGUCCAUUGACUCUGUCAGAGAGAGCUGUAGCUGUCGCUCUUGCUAUAUCAUUGGAUAAUGACUACUUCUCAAGGCGUCGAGGCUUGGCGCUACCCUUCAUUGCCGCUGAAGAAAUUUGACUUGCAGAAUGUCUCAUUCACUAAAAGUAUAAUCACCAAAACCAAUCUUUGCCCGGUAUGCUUUCAUAAUCGAAGGUGUUUUGAGCUAAACCUCAGGUUGAUUUAGUUCAUCUACUCAGGAUUGUUGAUCAUGUAUACUAAAUCAACAUGCUACUUAUCUCUUCUGCUGAUUCCGAAACUUAUUUUGAUGAGAUAUAGUGAUGCAAAUGUUUUAUUUA